CAGAACAUUUCCACGAUUGAAAUGUGUAGAAAAGGAUGGAUACAUCUCUGCCACAUAUCACUGUAUCUCAAAUCUUUAAUCUGUAAUUUGGAAAGUGGCCUAUACUGCUAAACUCUGCCGCCAUCAUCGAGGCGUUGGUUUGCUAGACGUGUGACGGGGAAAUGGCUUGUUCCCAUGGAAGUGGUGAGAGGCUUUGUCAUCGUUCUGCUGUGCAGUACGACCAGUUGCUGACUAGAGCAGGUGACCCUCAGUGACUGACAGAUGUGUGACACUGUGGAGAACCAUUUGCCUCUCCCUGUGGAGAUCUGAGUUCUGGGACACUGAGGCAGCAGAGGGGGGGGUCUCUGAGGAAGAUGCUGGGUUCAGAGCGUGGUGUUGUCGAAGAAUGGCUCUCAGAAUUCAAGUCCUUACCAGAAACCCGCAUCCCCAGCUACGCCGGCAGCCUUCAUCUAAAGAAGUCCCUGGUUCCUGCGCUCUACAGAGUCAUUCAGGACUCCAACAAUGAGCUACUGGAGCCUGUGUGCCACCAACUGUUUGAGCUGUACCGGAGUUCUGAAGACCGCCUGCGCCGCUUCACCCUGCAGUUCCUGCCUGAGCUGGUGUGGGUAUAUCUGCGCGUCACAGCCAGCAGGGAUCGCCAGAGCAAUGGGUGCAUUGAGGCCCUCCUCCUGGGCAUCUACAACCUGGAGAUCGUGGACAAAGACGGCAACAGCAAGCUCCUCUCCUUCACAAUCCCAUCUCUGUCCAAACCAUCGAUAUAUCAUGAGCCCUCAAGCCUGGGGUCCAUGGCAUUGACAGAGGGGGCUCUCUGUCAACAUGACCUGAUCCGAGUGGUGUACAGCGGCCUCCACCCUCAGAGAGAGACCUUCACUGCUCAGAACAGGUUCGAAGUGCUGUGUUUCCUCAUGCUCUGCUACAACUCUGCUGUGGUCUACAUGCCCCUAUCUUCCUAUCAGUCUGUCUGCAGAAUGAGCUCACGGUUAUGUGUGUGUGGCUUUCCCCGGCAGCAGCAGAAGCUUUGGAGGGAACCGUGUAACCGCGUGCUGCUUGACCCCGAAUUCAUGGUGCAGAUGUUGACUGCUGUUUAUCACGCCAUAUACAACGGAGAGUGGGAGAUGGGUCGGGAAGCUCUGGAGGACAUUCUGUACAGAGCCCAGCUGGAGCUUUACUCCCAGCCUCUCCUGCUGGGGAACGCCAUGAAGAACUCUCUGCCAGACAACGCUCCCGACGAGCCGAGGGGGCGCAAGGUGCUCCAGGUGGAGGUGACACCCACCAUUAGCCGCAUCUCCAUCUCGGCCAUCACUACCGCUUCCAUACGACGCCACCGCUGGAAGAGAGAGGAUUGUUUUGACUACUCAACUGAUGCAGAGUUGAGCCUCAUCGUCAAUCCUCCUAGCCUCGCGAGGCACCACCACCGUCGCCACCAGCACCACCAUGACACUCCCUGGGACCCCGCAGCCAAAGAGGAGAGAGGAGGGCAGCCUCACAGCCACCAAAGCAGCAGCAGCAGCAGCAGCAACAUUCCCCCCAUCACAUUUGAGGAUGCUGAUGGUAUGAGCGGUGGGGAAGAUUCCUUCAACGUCAAUGACCCAGACGAGGGUUUCUCCUCCGGGGCGUCUAACAGCAGCCAGCCCAGUGGCACCAAGGCAGGCGGGGGCGGCGUGGGGCCGAGGGGCGGCAGCCUGAGCAGCAGCAGCAGCAGCAUCAAGAAAGCCAUCACGGCCCGGCUGUCUCGGGACAAGGAGAGGGAGCGGGAGCGAGAGAGGGAGGCGGAAAAACAGGCAGAUUUGUCUGCGGAUCACCUGGCUGCUGUGAGGAGACAUCACCAGAGGCAGCAGUCGCCUCCAGCCAGCAUCAACUUGGAUGCCAUCCAGCUGAGCCCCAUAAAGAAGCACCUGAGCUUCCCUGUGGGGCCCACACUGGUGCGGACUGGCAGCACCUCCUCCAGCAAGUCCUUUGACUGCAUGAAUUUCAACCUGAAUGGCGGUGACGACGAGCGAGAGGAGGCGGCAGGGGGCUCUGACAAGGAAGGAGGGCUUCCAGCAGGCGGCUCCCACCGCCACUCCACCAUUAGCCUGAAGGAGGAGCACCUCAUCAGGCCAGAGGACGCCCAGGACCUCCUGUCUCCUGGAGCUCCUCUCACCAAGCAGUCCCGCUCCCCCAGCUUCAACAUGCAGAUCAUAUCACAGGUCUAAUGUGCAGUGCAGGGAUGGUUGAGACACACACACACACACACAAAAUAUCUGUUCAUAACAUACAUCCUCAUGCAGUUUGUCUCUGCAGCUCUAUACAACCCUACUAUGACAACUUCUGUCUACCUGUCUUGGUGUUGGGGGUGUGUGUGUGUGUGUGAGUGAGUGUGCAGGAACACAUCUUCAGAUCUCAAAGAGUUUUCUCCACCCACCCUACCUUAACAUCCAUUAAACUUAAAAUCAUGACCUGCAGUCGUUGCUGGUGGCCGAAAGGAGAAGAGUAGUAAAGGAUGACUGCCCACUGCUGUAACUACAGUUAAGCGUAGAAGUUUCCAGCAUCCUCCCAAGUCUGACCAAGCUGAGCAUUCUGCACAGAAACUCUCCUAAAAGAAAAAGGGGGAAACCUUGAUGAAAAAAACACGUAAGGAUGCCACGCUAGCUGUAGGGGAUAUAUGACAUUUCAGAUAUUUUUGAGUUCCUGACUGAAUCAGUCAAAUGAAUCAGCAAUAACACUUAACAGUCGGUCAUGUGGAGGAGAGUGGGAAUUAUUGCUUUCUCUUCAUUCCUUCCCUUUCAUUCCCGGGCUCAUGUGCAAUCGUUCUUGCUGAUUAUCCUCCUUGUUAAUUGCGGUUUUUAAUUAGGCAUACAUUUUGAAUUUGAGUUUUUUUAGGGGGGGGGGUAUUUUUUGUUGUUACAAUCCAAAGAAGGAAAGGUUCGGUUUUUUUUCUUCAAUGAUUUUGCAGAAAUCAGUCAGAACCAAGUGAUUAUCUAGUUUUAAGCCCAUUACCUUUAUUUUAUUCUGUAAUUAUAAUAUUCUGAUUUCAUCUGUAAAAUCAAGAUUUUAAGAUUGUUGUAAAAAGCAAACUGGAAUGUGGUUAGGGUUUGUCUUGCCCCCCAAGCUUUUAAAUGGACAAAUCUGAAGAAAUAACUACUGUGCAGCUAGCGGAAGAACUGCAUUAAAAACGUUGCAAACGGUGUAGGUUUUGGGUCUGAAGCUAAAGGCAAUGCCUGUAUUUUAUAUUGGAUUGUUAUUAUGGUUCAAACCUUUCAAGGGGUCCUUCCAUCUGAACGCACUUGUUGGUGUUUGAGUCUGUGUUGAGGCUGUGGCUUGUGCAUGCCGUCAUUUCUGAGUCGGUGAAUUACUGCCCCCUGGAGGCUCGUACUAGUCACUGCACAUCAGCAUUCACCUAGACUAUUGUCUCCUGUUUUGUGCUCUGAUUGGAUGUUCAUGAAACAUUUUGUUCUACCUCAUUGUGUGUUCACCUGCCACCUCCCAAUCAGACGCAGGAUUUAACGACCCUCCCCUCCCCCCUGUUAGGCUUGAAACUGGAGCACUUGACCAGUUGGGGGAUUAAAUUGUGUGGACCAAAAGGGUUUCACACUGCAACUGUAAUAAACGCGGUGUGUGUGUUCAUGUGAGGAGUUGUGACUGAAAAUCUCAGUCUUGCAUUUCAGUUCAAUCAUGUCAUGUACAAACCCUAGCUGCAAAACAAGAACAUGACUGUCUUCAGGUUUUUGUAUUUUCUGUCAUAUCAAACAACCCCAUUGGGAUUAACCUGAUUUAUUUUAAUCCUCCAGAAAUGUCCUGCUCAUCUUUUUAUGUAACGAUUUUUGAAGUGCAAUUUUUUUUUUAUCUGUAUGUGCAUGGAGUUGGAUCUUCUCUGCUGUUAAAUGCCUGCAUCCGCUCACAGUGCUAGCUAGCCUUCUGUACUGCUCCCUGCCCAGGCUGAGUGAUUUGAACAUGGCGUGCUCGUCUGCAUGUUUAGUGCCCUGCAAAGCACUGCUGUUUCAGAUGCGUGAAACAGCCAGCGAGCCAAACCCAAGUCUCGUCCUUGUCUUUGCCAGAUGUGCCAAUACACAUCCUCUCCUUAAGGAAGUUAUUUUUUGCUUGGGUGUCUUAAGUUAAAAUGCCUACUUUUUUCUGUUUACUGGUCUUAUAUUAAAGUUAAGGGACAAAAAAGGGAUGUUUGGACGUAUGGCUCAACGUGCCCUUAGAUGCAGCUUCACCUUUUUUGCCAUGAAUUUUCUUCACUCUCUACACGUGUGCACGACACACUGCACUUUCACAAUCAUUACUACGCUUUGCUGUUCACACGUACAAGCAGUAUAUUAAGCGUCUGUGUACUGUAGUUGUCAGCUGUUGUAUUGCAUUUUCCACGUCUUGCUCACGUGCUUGUUUAAAACAAGGAUGAAUGAUUUAAUGUAUAUAAGUCAGUUCAGUCUGCAGUGAAAAAAAAUCCCACACCUCUUACUCCCGCUGUGCCGGAAACCGUCACAGCCGCUGCUCUUGGUCCUGAGUGAGGCCUGUGUGCGCUUUAGCCUUAAACAUUUCAGGCCAAAAAGCCUCAAUUGGCGGCUUUUUGCCCUCAUCUGUUUCUCCUCCUCCUGCUGGAAAGCGGGAGGAGGAGGAGUGCAGCUACAGUUCACACUCUCACCUGGUCUGUCUGCUGUCAUCCCUGUGCUGUGUGGCUCACAACGAGCCGUGUACCCAUUUGCUGUAUUUUGCUGUGAGUUGAGUGGCACCUUUUUUUGCUGUUUUAAAACUGGUGAUGUGUUCAUGUCAUUAAUAUGAGUGCCCCUGACCAAGGUUGCCAGCAGCCAUGUUGGUACUGUAUGUUGACUUAGGAUAGACAAAUAUCCCUUGGUGUCUGGUGUUAUUUGCAUGUGAUCAGGGCGGGAAAUGAACACCAGCUGGUGAAUGUUGAUUAAACUUGACUGGCUAGAAAUUUUGAGUGCCAUAUUAAAAGAAGAAGCAUAAGCUCAAAAAUCCACAUUUAAAAGGUCCACUUACAUUUAAAAAAAAAAAAAAAAUGAGGUGGUUAAAUUUGUACUUGGUCAGCCGCUGCUGGU